GUUAAUGUUUUGUAUUUUACCAUUUUGUGCAAUUUUAAACGAAGUGUAGAGACCAAAUUUCUCUGUCUUUACAAUUUAUUUCUGACGAAAUGGAAAUUAUUGUUGGAACAUAUGAAGAGUUAUUAUUAGCUUAUAACUUGGUUGACUCUGAUAAAGGUUUUACACUCCAGCAAAGUUUCACGAAUCAUAAUCACACGGGCUGCAUUAAAUGCUUAAAUGUAUCAAAAAAUGAUAUCCUCGUGUCCGGUAGUACAGAUGAAACAAUUCAAUUAAUAAACCUAAAAUCUAGGAAAGAAACAGGAUCUUUGAUGGAGCAUUCAGGUACUGUUACUAGUCUAAACUCUUUCGACGAUUAUCUCAUUAGCUCCAGCGAAGAUGGAAGCAUUUGCAUAUGGGAUGUGAAGUCUUGGCAGUGUUUAAAAACCUUAAAAAAACACAAGAGUGCUGUUUUCGAUGUAGCUAUUCAUCCUAGUGGCAAAUUAGCUAUUUCGUGCGGAAAAGACAACACAUUACGAACAUGGGAUUUAACGAAUGGAAAAUGUGCUUUUGUUAUUAAUACUACAGCCGCGUCUCUCAAAUGGAACGAGACAGGGAAACACUAUAUAGCAAUCACUGGAAAUAAAAUAGAUACGUAUGAAAUGGAAACGGGGAAGAAAACAACAACUGAAUUGUCCUAUCCCAUAUGCAGUUCUCUGUUUAUUUCGGAAACCGAACUUCUUGUUGGAGGGGAAGGAGGUCACUUAGAAAUCAUUGAUCUUAUUUCGGGCGAAAAGCGAUUAUCUAUAGACUCACAAAUGAAAAGGGUGAAAUGUUUGACGUGCAGUUUAGUUCAAGAAGGACCUAAUAAUCCCUGGAUAAUAGCUGGCUCAUCCGAUGGUAUGAUAAAAAUCUUUAGACUAGAUAAAGAAGGAUCAACUUGGAGCUCUUCACUGGUAGCCAAGCAUGAUACAAAAUUUAGAUUAACUUGUAUAGCCAUAAGAGAAACGGGUCCUGUGUCGUGUGAAAGUGAUGAUAGUACCGAAUAGAAUGCUGCAGUUAUUAUUAUAUAACCCUAUAAAAAAUUUUAAGUUUAACAACCUACUAAAGAAUAAGAUUGACAAAAACUUUGUACACAUAAAAAAAAAAUUAAAAACAUUUUUUCUUACCAGCUGUAAUAAAUUCUUUAUAGGCUUACUUGAAUGUAUUAUUACAUAGCUUAAUAAAACUUCUUAGUUCUUCUUGAAUAUUCAAAUAAAUAGAGAAAAUAAAAGAAAAUAUUUCUAAAGACUAGGCAUAAUUUAAUAAAUAUUUGGGAUAUUUUUAUUCUUCCAAAUAUUCUCCAUUCUUUCGGCUGCUAGAUUUGAAUUUGCUUCGUCGAAGGGAGUGUUAAUGUUAAUUCCUUUGGCAGGGAGUGCAAUAUCAUCCUUUGAACUAUCAGAUUGUUCUGAUUCGAACUUAUUAACUGCUAAACACUUUCCAUAAAUCAAUUCGCUUUCUUCAUUAGUCUUAAUAUCCUUGGGAAAGCUGCGAUAGUAUUCUGUACAGACUACAAUUAGGCAAGGUGUAGAUAAAGCGAGUGUUAUUGUAUAAAAAAUUCCAAUAACUAAAUGCAAUUGCUCCUUUCUUAACUCAUAUUUUCUGCCUUUUAACUCUUGAAUGACACUUGUUUUAUUCAGUUCCUUUUCACUACUCUCUCUUAUAGUAGCAGUCUCGCUAUUUUUGUCAUUGGGUCUCUGUCUAUCCUUUUCUAUCCUUUCAAAUACGCUUUUAUCAGUUGGAACUCUCAUAUUACAAAGAUUCGAUUUACAACAGCAAAAAACCUG